UGACCGUGUGAAGUUUUUAGAUUGAAGGGCUGGUAAAUCCAAGAUGGCGGCCGGAGGUGAGGCCCUAACCUGGAGAAGGAAAAUACUACAGAAACUUGAAUAUCGCAACCAAAACGAUGUCCAAGGCUUCUGCGAUCUCAUCAAAGCUCAUAACAAAAUGUUUGAAAUUGCUGACACUUCCAAAGCCAAGAUAACACAACUAGAAAUUCAAGUAUUUCAAUUACAGCAGGAAAGAGUGGAAUUACAAUCUAGAAUCCAGGAAUUAAAUUCUGGUCAAACCAUACCUGGUGGCACAUCAGCCAGCUCGGAAAAAGUAGCAAGUUUAGAACAAAAACUUUUCAAAGCACAAGAAGAACUAACUGAACUACACAGACGGAAGUCAGAGAGUGCACAAAAGAUUGUAGAACUUAAUAAUAACAUUAAACAAAAGGAUGAGGAGAUACUUGCAAAGGGAGCCCAGCUUCAUGAUGCCCAAAACAACCAAGAUGCCCUGAAAACAGAGUGUAAUAAUUUAGCCCAAGUUAUUGUAGAACUGGAAAAAACUAAUGAGAUCCUCAAAGACGAGCUACAAGUGUUGCAGCUUGAACACACGUCACUUGAAGAGAAGCACCGUAAAACACAAGAGGAAAACCGAGAGCUUGUUGAAAGAUGGAUGAUGCAAAAAGCAAGGGAUGCAGAUAAAGUUAACUUAGAUAAUGAACACCAACAGAGAAUAAGACAUGCAAAGCUACAAAAAGAUCUCAUUGAAGCAGCGAAGGAACCAGUAAAUGUACCGAUUCCUAAGUCAGGAUCUUUCGACUGUGGACCACCAGUGGCUCCAUUUUGUGUUAUCACAACAAUUCCUUCUUAUCCAACCUCGAAAUUUGAUGCACAUGAUGGGGAAGUGUUAUCUGCAAGAUUUAGCAUAUCGGGUCGCUUGUUUGCCACAGGUGGUGGGGAUAAAAAGGUUAAACUUUGGGAGAUGCUUAAUGACGUGUGCUUACCUAAGGGCACCUUGCAUGGAUGCUCGUUUGCAGUGACGUCAGUAGAAUUUGACCCACAGGAGAAGUUGUUGCUGGCAGCAUCUAAUGAUCAGGCAUGCCGUGUGUGGACUGUCGGUGAUGAGAGAUUAAGGCACACACUGACUGGUCAUACAAAUAAGGUGAUGACAGCAAAGUUCAUGGGAGAUGCCACCAAGCUGGUGUCAGGAAGCCAUGAUAGGACGCUCAAGGUGUGGGACCUGCGUAGCAAGGCUUGCACAAGAACAAUAUUUGCUGGGUCCAGUUGUAAUGAUCUUGUCAUCAACGAGGGGAUCGGAAGUCAAAUUGUCAGCGGUCAUUUUGAUAAAAGGAUCCGAUUAUGGGACACAAGAUCAGAAUCCAUCGUUAGUGAAAUCUUGCUCCAGGGUAAAGUUACAUCGUUAGACCUAUCCCCAGAUAUGAAUCAAGUUCUGGCCAGUACGCGGGACGACACACUAAAAGUGAUUGAUUUAAGAAGUACAAGCCAAGUAGUAGCGACUUGCAGUGCUGAGGGUUUUCGAUUAGCCACUGACUGGACCAGAGCACAGUUUAGCCCGGACGGGCAAUACUGUAUUUGCGGUUCACAAGAUGGCGGGGUGUACAUAUGGAACAACAGUACUGCGAAAUUAGAGAAGGUGCUUAGGGAACACAGCUCCGCGGUUAUUGUCUCAGCGUGGCACCCCUCAGGCGGUAUCAUCAUCACCUGUGAUCGAAAUAAGCACGCGAUAGUAUGGACGGACAAGUACGGGUAGAGCCUCGUCCUUCCUACAAAAUUCAUCGAAUUGUACAUAAAUAUCACCAAAGACCCGAACAGAGUAAGAAAUGCAAAGAAAAGUGUAGGAAUAUUGUAUAUUAUAGCUAAUGCUGGUAGAAUGUACAGAGGAACUAACCGGUAAAACUUCACUAUCACAAAGAUUUUAUUGA